AUGCGUGCUCCCUCAGCCACAAGUGCGUGCCUUCUGGGCUCUGGGAAGGGUGCACGUAUUGCCAAGACAGGCAAGGAAGCCAUCCCAGCCCCAUCCCAGCUGCCUGUUCAUCCCGUCAUGUAUGUGGGCAACAAUUCUCCGUUUCACUUCUCCUCCUUCCUUUUCCUCUUCCUGAGCUCUUCAACUACCCACUUUGCAAACAGCAACGCGAUACCUGGCGAGGGCUUGCUAGAUACGGAGAGAGGCGUGGACCCGCCAACGGCCAGCGGCGCGGGUAGAUCCUCGAUCUAUAUGAAUUCGUAUGAUUUAUGCGCGUCACGAUACAUCCAGAAGUAUACUGGCAUACAUGCUGCAAGCCAGACGCUUGUCUGA